AUGCCGCCUCGUCGCUCUCACAAAAAGUCUCGCGCGGGCUGUCGCAGGUGCAAGAAUAGGAAGAUCAAGUGCGAUGAAGUCCACCCACGAUGCGGCAACUGCGCCAAACAUGGCGUCCCCUGCGACUUCAGUAAUCCCGAUGUCCUCGAACAGCUCACUGCUGCGACUCCCACUGUGAGCGCUGAGAACAGCAUCGGCGCUCCAACUCCUUCGCCUUCGGCAACAAUCAACGCUCCCAGGACUCCUUUGACGCGUCCACGUGCCCCCUCAAGUCCGGUCAGGGUUCCAAGGCCAAACCCUUCUCCUCCAACUUCUGUCUACUCGCAACCGUCAAUAAGCUCGGUAACAUCGGAUCCAAACCAUGGCGACAGAAUGCUCGAGUUGCGCCUCAUGCACCACUAUACAAACGUCACGUCAAAAACCCUCCUGACCAACUCCCCUGCCGCCGAGGAUAUCUGGCAGCGUGCUGUGCCUCAGAUGGCAUUCUCUGGCAAUGGCAAGACCUAUCUCGCCGACGCCAUUCUCUCCGUCGCUGCACUUCACCUGCGCUCCAUGGCCCCUGACGACAAGUGCUUGGUGCGCGCCUCACACGCCUACUCAGCAUCCUCCCUUUCCGCCUACUGCGCAUCGCUGGAAGCUGGCAUCACCGCCGACAAUGCCGAAGCACUCUUCCUUACUGCGACUCUCAUCGCCUUUCAAGCAAGUGCUUCUCGCCUCUUCAUUAAGGACGACGGAGAUACCGACCCUAGUGAUUCAAUAAGCAGAUAUACGCCUCCCCUUUCCUGGUUCCAUGCCUUCCAGGGCGUCAAAACUGUGGUCGCAAAUUCCUGGCAGUGGAUUUGCCACAGCGAUAUCGUCAAGGUGGUGAUCGAUUCUCAGCCAAGUUUCCAGCUCAACCUAAAUCCGCGCUCACCCGAUUCUUACUUUGGACAUAUGCUUGAAGGGCUGGCAGAUGAGCUCAUGAACGAAGACCCGCGCUACGUUGCUGCUACCACUCAGGCAUACUCGCAUGCCGUCAGCGUCCUCAACUGGGCUCAUAAGAACUACCACGCAGCUGCCGCGCUGGCUUUUCCCGCAACAGUUUCGAGGAGAUAUGUCGAUCUGGUGGAUGCCAAGCGGCCACGAGCCCUCGCCAUACUUGCCUGCUUCUUUGCCCUUCUAAAAAGAAUGGACAAUGUCUGGUGGCUACAAGAUGUGUCUCGGAGAGAGGUGAUGGGCCUGGUGGGCCUAUUCGAACCUGGUUCCAAGUGGUGGCGCCAUCUCGAAUGGCCCAUUCGUAUUGCUCUGCUUGACGGCAGCACAAUACCGCAGGACAUCUGGGGCACCGAGUUGGAGGAGCAGGCUCCGGAUCAGUCAGGGGUUGUUGGCUCCAUGGUGCAGCACAUCGAACUUUUUGCCGGGAUGCUGAACCAAUCACACGUGCAGCCUCCUAUUCCAAUCCCAGACGAGGAUCUUAUCGUGCCCGACUCCCCGGACUGAGGGGUGGACUCAUGCUCACGAGGCCAAGACAGGGGCUCUGGGGACUGAAGCUGGUCUUGAGCCCCGUCCAGCAGAUCAGAUCGGCAGUCUUGCAACAUAUUUUCUUUUAAUCAUGAGCGCAGCGGAUACUGUUCUGGGCGGCCUACCCAGGCUUCAACUCUGGUGGGAGCCGACGGAAAAUCUUCAAAUUCAACGUUUUUACGACUCACGGCUAUCUAUUCUUUCGUUUAUAUACACCCGGAUUAUGCCCUAGAUGGGGAUACUGGUGCAUAGGUUUGGAGUUUUAUCAGAAUCCUGAACGAGGGGGUGUACGGUACCUGGGUCAUGGCCUUUCUUGGGGUCAUAUCCCUCUUCGUCUGGGAACGGAUACCGCUCCAGGCUGGAGUUCGAAAAUCCUCCUAAUCAGGUGCGGUGAAGGCGUUUUUCUGGUACGUCAGGACGAGGAUGCUUCCUCUAUCGAGAGAGACUUAGUGCGUUAGCAUUAGGUCAACCUCAUGGAGUAAGUUGGGCUUUAAGGCUGAGAGGCCUAGGUCACAGCUCAUCAUCUCAUCGUCCUCAUAAUGACCUCUACGAGCUUCCAGGCGAGUCCGAGGUCUCGCCAUGGAACAGCUCUUUACUCGGGACACUGGGGCGAACAUAUUUAUGUAUAUGCCUAUAGACGGAGACGGAUCCCAUACCCAUCGUCGAGUCAUGUCAUAUAGCACGUUACUAGACGAGAUACCAUGGACAUAAUGCAUAGUACUUUUAUGGGCUUGCUGGCCCUUUUCAG